AUGACCCCUCCCAAAUCCGCAAUUAUUAUCGGCGGCUCAAUCUCCGGCCUCCUCCAAGCCCUUCAACUCAAACGCGCCGGCACUGAUGUCUUAAUCCUCGAACAAGAUCCGUCCCCAACGCGAGCAAGCCAUGAAUCUGGCGUCUCCAUUGGACCGAGCGUGCUCGCCCUUCUCAAGAAAUACGACGCCACAGGCACACCACCCGCUAUUCCAGCAGGGUUUCUCAGUGUUGCGUGGCAAACGCGCCCGCGUGUGCUGAACACAGCCUGGCACCAUGAUAUGAGUAAUUGGGGCAGUCUCUACUUGAUCCUCAGGGCGAAUGUUGAUGGGUUCGCUUCGGAUGUCGUACCGUAUCCGCCCCCAGGGAGGAAGGGGGAUGGGACGGCGGAGUACAAAGCCGGAAGGAGGGUAGUGGGGGUGGAGUUUGAUCGGGGAGACGGGGCUAUGAAUGUUUUACAUGUGGAAGCUGAAGCGAGCAGGGGCUCAAGGCAGGGGAUGGAGGUCAAGAGAGAGCGUGCUGAAAUGGUGAUUGCCGCGGACGGCGUGCAUUCGACAAUCCGACGAUUCCUACAGGUCCCUACGACAUGGACUUACGCUGGGUAUAUUGCCUGGCGGGGAACUGUGCGUGAGGACCAGCUCUCACCGGAGACGGUGCGAUAUUUUUCAGAUCGUCUGAACUUCACGCUUCUCGCAGGGUCGUAUUUCAUCACGUAUAUCAUUCCAUCGGAGACAGGGUCUGUCGAACCAGGAAGGCGGCUCGUCAAUUGGGUCUGGUACUACCCGGUCCCUGAAGGGUCAGUAGCCAUGGACACCAUCUUCACCGAUAUCAACGGUGUCUUGCAUAAUAGUACAGUUCCGGGAGACCUCCUCGACCCGAAGGUCUGGUCGGUGCAGAAACGGCGCUACAUCUCUGACGGCACUACACCGCACCUAGCGGAAGUGGUUUCACAGACGCGUCGGCCGUUCGUAACGAAAGUCGGGGAACUCGAAGCCAGUGCCGCGAGCUAUUUCGACGGUCGCCUUGUGCUCGUUGGCGACGCGUUUGCGACUUUCAGGUCGCACCUGGGGCUGGCCUCAGAACAGGCCGCGCGUCAUUGUCUCCAGAUGGACAGGGUCUGGAGCGGGGAAAUAAGCCAGGCAGCAAGGGAUCGUGAGGCUAGACUCUAUGCGGCGAAGCUCUUGCUGUUGAAUAGGCUUAUGGGGUUUCUAGGGCUGGGGUGGUGGUGGUCGGCGUUGAAAACGGGGCUGGCUUAUGCUUCACCCCAUCACCAUUAG